GCCAAUCAAACCCUACGAACGAGGUCAUAGCCAAGUUGAGAUUGCACAUCGAAGGGGGGGGUUGGCAUUUCACGAGUGUAGUGAUGGGAUACAACGACAACCUAACGCUGUACGAAAUCGAGAUCAGCGCGCUCGGAGUGAGCGCGGUGAUCGUCCUGGCUGCGUACUGGUUUUGCCGGUCCAAGUACAAACCGGUCGAGAACUUGCUCCCAAACGAGCACGUGGGCCACUUGUAUGGGCUCAAGCGGGACGCCCUCGAAGACCCGACGCUGGAAGCCAACAAGUGGUCGUGCGAUAUCUGCAGCUUUCGAAACGAGAACGACCACGUCGAAUGCGUCCUCUGUCAUACCAGCAAAGGUACUACCAAGCAAUACGACGACGACAUUGCCCUUGCUGCCACAACCAUUCAUUUGCGGCGUGUAUGAUGGUUAGCGGUGCAUUUCCUCGUCGCGCCCGAGUUUGCAUCUGCGUGUGCUGGCGCUACCAUGGUUUCCCUCGGGCAACUCAACUCGUUCCAGCGCAGUGCCAGAGAGCGCCGCGAGUGGAUUCGAGGGCUCAAUGACACGACCAAGUCCCCAGUGUGGAAGCGCAACUCCAAGUUUGGCAGCCUUGCGUCUUGCCAAGGCUAUUACGUGGCAACUUGUACGACCAGCAACUCGAUGGCCCUCGUGCCGUUCGCCCCCCAAUUGGCCGGGACCUCGCUCGUCACCGGCAAGCCGAUGCCUUCGUGGUGGUUCCCGCAACUGGAGGCGCUGCACAGCAUGCACUUUUCACUCAAGUACGCUUGGAUGGUGGACCAAGUGGCCACGUCCAACUACGACCACACCAAGCUGAAAAUCUACCGACGCAACAUAUUUGACGAGUCGGUGGAGCUGCUCAUGCAUGUGCCCGUGAACCAACUGUGCACCAAGACCAUGAUCACGCUGUUGGGGGAAAGCGCCAUCGACGCGGGGGGCGUCACGCGGGAGUGGUACACGCUGCUCACGACCGAGAUCUUCAACGACGAGCAGGGGCUGUUUAUGGUUGCCAACAAGGACGACCAGUCGUUCUUUAUCAAUCCCAACUCGGAAAGAGAUCAUGGAGAGUAUCACUUGGCAGACUUUCAAGCGAUUGGAAGGCUCCUCGGUCGAGCCAUCAUCGACGGCCAAGUGCUGCCGUUUCACUUUUGUGUCCCGCUGUUCAAGAUGUUGCUGGGGUACCCCGUCUCGAUCGAAGACGUUCGGUACUUGGACCCGACCGUGUAUUCGAGCUUGACCUACAUUCGCGACUGCGAUGACGUGGACGAUUUGGCGCUGACGUUCAGUGUGAGUGUGGACACGGAUGUACCGGAAGUGGAGCUGGUGGUCGGGGGUCGGGACGUGGGGGUGACCAACGCCAACAAGGCCGAGUACGUGGAGAGGAUGGUGCAGUACUUGAUGUUUGAGCGCGUGGCGCCGCAGCUGCAGCGGCUGGUGCAGGGUCUGUACGACGUGUUGCCCCAGGAGCUGCUCAUGCCGUUCGACUACAAAGAGCUGGAGCUGAUUUUGUGUGGGUUUUCAGAGAUCGACGUGGGUGACUGGAAGCGGUCCACGGUCGUGUCCAAGUCGCUCGAGGACGUCGUCGGGUGGUUCUGGGACGUUGUCGAGUUUGACAUGACUCCCUCUGACCGGGCCAAGUUGCUCCAGUUCACCACUGGGUCGUCCCGCGUACCCCUCCAGGGGUUCAAGGGCCUCACGAGCUACGAUGGCCGGCUGUGCCCGUUUACACUGCAAGCGAUUCCCUACUCCAAGGGCGCCUUUCCAAAGGUUCACUCGUGCUUUAACCGCAUCGACCUGCCCACGUAUCCGUCGCGAGAGUUGCUGCGCGAAGGCUUGCUUGUGCUAGUAAACAUGGAGGUGUCAGAAUUCACCAUCGCAUAACGUUUGAAGGAAUCUAUUUAUUGCAUACUGAAUGAAGUACUGACUGGGUGACAUGGUACCGGACAGUAGUCGAAAUAUAAUGAAACGAAGAAGGGUCU